CAACCCAACACACAACCUACCCAGCACAAAUUCUCACAUCUUCUUCAAACUUAGGGUUUCCAAUUUCAAUCGUCAGAAAACCUUACAACGAUCUCGUACCUUCGAUACUCUUCGAUCCACAAACAAAAAUGAGGCCAAUAUUGAUGAAAGGCCAUGAGAGGCCACUCACUUUCCUCAAGUAUAACCGAGACGGAGACCUGCUCUUCUCCUGCGCUAAAGAUCACACUCCAACUGUUUGGUUUGCCGAUAACGGCGAACGAUUGGGCACUUACCGUGGCCACAACGGUGCCGUUUGGUGCUGUGACGUUUCAAGGGAUUCAACGCUAUUGAUUACUGGGAGUGCGGAUCAAUCAGCUAAGCUGUGGGAUGUUCAAACUGGAAAACAGCUUUUUACUUUUAAUUUUGAUUCACCUGCUAGAGCUGUUGAUUUUUCUGUUGGUGAUAAGCUUGCUGUAAUCACUACUGACCCUUUUAUGGGGCUGACAUCUGCUAUUCAUGUUAAACGCAUUGCUGCCGAUCCUGAUGACCAGAUUGCUGAUUCUGUACUUGUACUCAAGGGCCCUCAAGGAAGGAUCAAUAGAGCGGUUUGGGGACCUUUAAACAAGACAAUUAUUAGUGCUGGUGAAGAUGCUGUGAUUCGAAUUUGGGAUACAGAGACUGGAAAAUUGUUGCAAGAAAAUGAAAAAGAAGUUGGCCACAAGAAGACAAUCACAUCACUUGCAAAAUCAACUGAUUGUUCACAUUUUCUCACAGGGUCUCUAGACAAGUCUGCAAAGCUAUGGGACAGCAGAACAUUGACAUUGAUCAAGACAUAUGUUACUGAACGUCCAGUCAACGCCGUUGCAAUGUCUCCGCUUCUUAACCACGUGGUGCUUGGGGGUGGCCAGGAUGCAUCUGCUGUUACCACAACCGAUCAUCGUGCGGGGAAGUUUGAAGCCAAAUUUUAUGACAAGGUUCUGCAAGAAGAGAUUGGAGGCGUUAAAGGACAUUUCGGGCCAAUUAAUGCUUUGGCAUUCAACCCGGAUGGAAAAAGUUUCUCAAGUGGAGGCGAAGACGGUUAUGUGAGACUGCAUCAUUUUGAUCCUGACUACUUCAAGAUUCCAUCAAUUUGAUUUCACGGGGAUAUUGUUGACUUUCCCAACUUGGUUGCUUAGCGGGGUCGAGAAUGCGGUGGUGCGGCUUCUAUUUAAUUCAAGUACUGUUGAAUGAUUGUUUCAGUUUUGGUGAUACAAGAUACUCGAACACAAAUCAUUGCAAGCAUGGAAUGCAAAUAGAUAGUUUUGUUGAAUUUA